AGCUUGUUGUAUAAUGUUGUUUUGAUGCUAAGAAAAAGGUUAACCUGAUAAAUCUGUACGUGCUGGGCUGCUGUUGAAAACACAUAAUUAGUUUUUAAAAAGAAAGGUUAGUGGCCCUAGUUCUGGGAGGAGUAAAGGCAUAAUGGCAGGGAUAAGUAAAAGGCAUGCAGACGGGCAGUGGUUAUUUAGGGGGCAGCAAUAGCAGUGCGUGGGGGCAGAAAAAGAAAGAUGGGCAGUGAGUGGCAAAGAGGUAGUUUAAUAUAACAGAUAAUAAAAAGUGGAUGGCUGUAAGGCGUUGGAACAGACACAGGAGUGGGCACUGGGUGCUUGAAGGCAGAGAGGAAAGGUGCACAGUGGGCUACCAGAAUGCCAAGGGCACGGAAGAGGUCAAGCGGGAAAAGAUGGCAGAGUGGUGGAUACUUUCAGAAACAAUCUCCUGACUGUGGACAUAGAUGGUGGGAUUAACUGAGAAAUCCAGAGGGCAGUAUGGCUGCCACUGCUGCUGUGAGCCCCAGCGAAUAUUUGCAGCCUGCAGCUUCGACAGCUCAGGAUUCUCAACCAUCUCCACUCGCCCUGCUUGCUGCUACAUGUAGUAAAAUUGGCCCUCCCGCUGUAGAAGCAGCAGUUGCCUCUCCUGCUCCUCCUCAGCCUGCUCCUCGUAAACUGGUCCCCAUCAAGCCUGCUCCCCUUCCACUGGGUUCCAACAAAAACAGCAUUGGGAUCUUGUCAUCAAAAGGGAACCUCUUCCAGAUUCAAGGGUCUCAACUGGGGACAUCCUAUCCUGGUGGGCAGCUGGUGUUUACCAUUCAGAACCCAGGUGUGAUCAACAAAGGGGCCCGUUCACCUGCCAACAUCCAAUACCAGGCAGUUCCACAGAUACAAACAGCAUCAGGGCAGACCAUCCAAGUGCAGCAGAAUUUGGCCAACCAAAUACAGAUUAUUCCCAGUACCAUCACCCCUUCAUCGUCUUCCUCCUCCUCUGCCUCUUCAGCUCAUAAGCCUGUGCCAAUCAAGCCAGCACCAGCUCACAAAACCCCGCCAACGACUAUCCAUAACGCGAGCAACAUUGUCAAGUUAACUGGUGCCAGUGGUAAUGUCACCCUUACACUGCCAGUGGGCAACCUUGUGAGUGCAGGGGACACCACUGUUCAGACUCAGAUUGUUCCGGAGAGCCCCUCAAAACCAAGCAGAAAGACUCGUAAGAAAGUGAUGUCUCCUCCCCAGGCAACUGCCAUGGCUGUGACUGAGCAAGUGGAAACGGUCUUGAUAGAGACCACAGCUGAUAACAUCAUCCAGGCAGGGAACAACUUGUUGAUUGUUCAGAGUCCUGGCUCUGGCCAGCCAGCAGUGGUCCAACAGGUGCAAGUGGUCCAACCCAAACAAGAACCACAGGUCGUUCAGAUUCCUCAGCAAGCUCUGCGGGUAGUCCAGGCAGCAUCGGCCACGCUCCCCACAGUCCCCCAGAAGUCCCCACAGAACUUCCAGAUUCAGACAAAUGAACCAACUCCCACUCAGGUCUAUUUCAAAACGCCUUCUGGUGAGCUGCAGACGAUGCUACUUCAAGAAGCCCCAGGUGUAACUGUGGCUCCUUCCCCCACUGCCACCUCUUGCAGCAGUCCUAUACCCCGCAUCUCCCAAAUGGGAGGAAGUACCAAAAAGACAGGGGCUCGCAAAGAGCGUGCCCUGCCAAAGAUUGCCCCUGCUGGAGGCAUCAUCAGCCUCAAUGCAGCUCAGCUUGCUGCUGCUGCUCAGGCCAUGCAGACCAUCAGCAUCAACGGAGUGCAAGUUCAAGGCGUUCCUGUCACCAUCACUAACACUGGAGGCCAGCAACAGCUGACAGUGCAAAAUGUCUCUGGCAACAACCUAACCAUUAGUGGCCUGAGCCCCACCCAGAUCCAGCUGCAGAUGGAGCAGGCACUCUCAGGAGACCUGCAGCCUGGGGAAAAGAGACGGCGGAUGGCUUGCACCUGUCCCAACUGCAAGGAUGGGGAGAAAAGGGUGGGGGAUCAGGGGAAGAAGAGGCAUAUUUGCCAUGUGCCCGAAUGUGGGAAGACUUUCCGCAAGACCUCCCUGCUGCGGGCACAUGUGCGCCUGCACACAGGUGAACGGCCCUUCGUCUGCAACUGGGUCUUCUGUGGGAAGCGGUUCACACGCAGUGAUGAGCUACAGAGGCAUGCACGGACGCACACAGGUGACAAGCGUUUUGAGUGUGCCCAGUGCCAAAAGCGCUUCAUAAGAAGUGAUCACCUGACGAAGCACUAUAAAACGCAUCUGGUAACCAAGAACUUGUAGUGUGGGACGCAACUGGGAAAGAAGGGGGAAGCAGUGGGGGUGCUGGUGACCCCUUGCCAUGCAGGAUAGUCUUUGCAAAGGACAGUAAAAUGCCCAAGUCACUCCUGACUCGGACAUCACCUUUCCUAGACCCAUCUGCACAGGAAAAGGGGUAAACGGCUGCUGUUCCUUCCAUCAAAUGGCUUCCAUCUUCUGGCACACUCCUUGGAGCUUCAUGGAAGGUGCAUCGGAUGCUGCAGUUUCAGCUGGGGAUGGAGAAGGAGCAACCUUGCUAAAAUCGGCACAAAGCCCAGGGAAGAGAUAGGGCAAAGCAAGGCAGAGCCUCUCUGCCUACCAGCCUCAGGAGCCUGCAAAGCCAAUGCCCUACUCCACUGCACCAAAGGGCCUCCUUGUGUGUUUGGUAGUAGCACCAGCGAAACUGUACCCCACAUGUAGUCUUGGCUCCCUCUUCCCACUCCCCAUGUGCUUGUGAGGCUUUUAAAUGAGGGGCACUACCUGAAACAGGACAUUCUGCAUCCCCUCAGCACAUUCCUACUUUAUAUUUAAAAUUAUAAAUAUCUAUAAAUAUAUAUAUCUAUAUAUAAACUCCUUAGGAAGCCCCAUUUUUCUAUGGAGAACGUUGCCUUAUAUUUUCCCCCCAGUUCCAAAUUAUGUAUUAUAAGCAAUUUUUGCUUUUUAAAAUUUUUUGUUUUUAAGGAACAUCAAAAUCUUGCCCCAUUUUAAUGAUGCAAGCACAGUCCAAAGUCCCUGUGCGAAUGCAGAGUUCUGCACCCAGGCAGUGCCAUUCCGUGGUCUAUAAACUGGGCUGCCCUCUGUGUAUGCAUCAGGGGUUUCUGGGAUUUUCAUGGCAGCAGCACUUUGUUCAUUGAAGAGAGUGGGGGAGGGCCAUGUCUGAAUGGGAGGCUGCAUAGGCAUGUGCAAGAGCUGGAUUACAGCCAGGCACCCUGAUGCAGAGAACCAGAGGUGCAGCAGAGGGCUGCUCAUACACAGCUGAGACGCAUGGAGAAUUAUCUGGGGUCUGGUGGUAUUCUGUUCUACACUGCUUGGUUUAGGAGGUUUCUGCACACCUGGGGCUGCUGAGCGAUGUCUGGAUAAUUGCUUUCACUGCAUUGGGACAGUUUAGCUCAAGGUUGCACACUGUUAACCCCCACUGAAAUCAACUGAUUAUUUGCGUGCUGAAAUGCAUUAUUUUUCCCAAAAUAGUUUUUUCUCCCUCGUCCUUCCCUCCUUUUUGAUCCAUUGGCUUUCUUUCCAAGCAAACUGGUAUUCUCCCCCCACCACCACACACCUUUUUUUAAUUUCCUGAUGUGGCCCCUUCAGUGUAUUAUAGUGUAUAUUGUAUCAUAGACUAUAUAUUACGUUAUGUGUUUCCUACAUGUUUCAGAAACAUACGGCUUGUUAUUUUUGAGCUUUUAAAUUAAAAAAAAAUCCACUUUA